AUGGAGAGGCAGAAAGUGAUGGAAAGAGGAGAGAAGGCAGGUGUGUCAAGUUCAUCCAAUGGUGGAGAUGAAGUUGAUGUUGUGAAGGAAAUGAUGGAUGUGAUUAAGGCCGUGGGAUUGUAUGUGGGGUACAGGAAGACACAAAGAAAGGAGUGCGUGAACAUGGUGAGGAGAUUGAAGCUAUUAGUUCCUCUUUUAGAGGAGAUAGAGGAGAUUGAUAAGCAUAAAUUGCUUUCUAGAGAGGGUUUGAAAACUAGUUUGGUUAAUUUGAAGAAGGCCCUUUUGGGCGCUAAGAAGUUGUUGAAGAAAUGUAGCAAUGGAAGCAAGAUUUAUCUGGCAAUGGAGAGCGAGGCAGUGAUGAGUAGCUUUCAUUCUGUAUAUGACAAAUUAAGUCAGGCUUUGGAUGAUUUGUCCUAUGAUGAGCUAGGGAUCUCAGUUGAAGUUCAAGAGCAAGUUGAGCUAACACGGAUGCAACUUAAAAGAGCAAAGAGGCGAACCGACACUCAGGAUAUAGAACUGGCAAUGGAUAUGAUGGUUGUAUUUUCUAAAAAGGAUGACCGAAAUGCAGAUAGUGCAAUACUAGAGAGACUGGCCAGCAAGUUAGAGCUGCACGCUAUUCCAGACUUGAAAGCAGAAGAAGUAGCAGUCAGAAAACUAGUAAAAGAGAAAGCGGUGCAGAAUGCUGAAAGCAUCCAGCAAAUUAAAGACCUUUUGGGAAAAUUUAAACAGAUUGCUGGGGUUGAUGAAACCAUUGUUCUCGAUGGUCCUAUUCCUUCAAAAAGCUUUAAGAGGUGUCAGUCUUUGCAUAUCCCCCAUGAAUUCCUCUGUCCAAUUACUCUGGAGAUCAUGGUGGAUCCUGUCAUUGUGGCAACUGGACAGACUUAUGAAAGAGAGAGCAUACAGAAGUGGCUGAACUCUAAUCGUCGGACCUGCCCGAAGACUGGUCAAAAUUUGGAUCAUUUGACUCUAGCACCAAAUUUUGUGCUCAGGAAUCUUAUACUGCAAUGGUGUGAGAAAAAUAACUAUGAACUACCUAUGAAGGAUGCUUGUUUGGUCUCUGAUGGCGUUUCUGCUGAGCAUAUAGAGGAAAUCUCUUCCUUGAUCCAAAAUCUGUCCUUGGGUGAGUUUGAAGUGCGAAGAGAGGCCAUUAUGAAGAUCCGUAUGCUUGCAAAGGAGAAUCCAGACAACAGAAUUUUGAUUGCCAACUAUGGAGGGAUUCCUCCAUUGGUUCAGCUCUUGUCCUGUCAAGAUUCCAAGAUUCAAGAACACACUGUAACAGCUCUUUUGAACUUGUCAAUUGAUGAAACAAACAAAAGACUUGUAGCCAGAGAGGGAGCAAUUCCUGCUAUAGUUGAAGUUUUGCAGCAUGGAACAGAUGAAGCUAGAGAGAACUCUGCUGCAGCUUUAUUUAGCUUGUCAAUGCUCGACGAAAACAAAGUUCUAAUAGGAGCUUUGAAUGGUAUCCGUCCUUUGGUGUCCCUUUUGCAGAAUGGGACUGUACGAGGUAAAAAAGAUGCUGCAACUGCACUCUUCAACUUAUCUUUGAACCAAUCCAACAAGUCCAGGGCCAUAAAAGCAGGUAUCAUACCAGCAUUGCUCCAUUUGCUUGAGGACAAAAACUUAGGCAUGAUCGACGAAGCCCUCUCCAUAUUGUUACUCAUUGCAUCACAUCCUGAAGGGAGAAAUGAAAUCAGCAAACUAUCUUUCAUUGAAACCCUUGUUGAAAUCACAAGUAAUGGGACUCCCAAGAACAAGGAAUGCGCCAUAUCGGUUCUUCUCCAGUUGGGGUUGAAUAAUUCAUCCAUCAUCUUAGCAGCACUUCAGUAUGGUGUGUAUGAACAUUUGGUAGAACUUGCAAAAAGUGGAACCAACAGGGCUCAAAGGAAAGCAAAUUCUCUAUUGCUGCAUAUGAGUAAGUACGAACACAUUCCAUGA